CGUGUUUGCUUUGCAGCUGCUUUAGUACUCAACCAAACCCAGAAGUUUGACAAACGUGUUACAAUAUCUUUUUUCCAGUUUAACAUUUACUCCUCCGUUCCUUUCCCCCAAGUUUUCUUUCAGAAAUCGGUCAUCUUCUAUUCGAUCUGCUCGGUUAAGUUUGGUGUUUUGAGGUCAAAAAAAUGGAGGGAGGGUUUGGGGAAUCGAUGAAUAGGCAGCCCCCAAGCCAUUCGUUUGCAAGCAGCAGCAUCAGCAAUAACAAUAGCGAUGCUGGAUAUUUUGAGUGUAAUAUUUGCUUCGAUUUGGCUCAAGACCCUAUAGUUACUCUUUGUGGCCACCUCUUCUGCUGGCCUUGCCUCUACAAGUGGACUCACAUCCACUCUCUUUCACAUGAAUGCCCCGUUUGCAAGGCGCUUAUUGAAGAGGAGAAGUUGGUUCCUCUAUAUGGCCGUGGAAAGAAUUCCACCGACCCUCGCUCCAAGUCUAUUCCUGGGACGGACAUUCCACAUCGUCCCACGGGUCAAAGGCCCGAAACAGCUCCUCCACCUGAUCCAAAUGCUAAUAAUGCCAAUGCAUUUGCACAUCAAGGGUAUGGAUUUACGGGAGGCUUCGGCCCCUUUGGUGGUUUUGCACCUGUGGCGAGUGCUAGGUUUGGGAACUUCACAUUAUCUGCGGCACUUGGAGGACUGCUGCCUUCGUUCUUUAACAUUCAAGUGAAUGGAUUCCCAAAUCCAAACUUGUAUGGAGCAGGUCAUGGUUUUCCAUACGGGUAUCCUAAUACGUUCCAUGGUGCACAUGCUCAGGGAUUCCCUCAUCAUGGAAACCAGCAACAGCAAGCGGAUUCCACCUUGAUGCUCCUAUUGCUGGUGGUCGGUUUGAGUGUGCUUUUAACUUUAAUUUGGAGUUGAGGUAAACCAUCAGUUGGAGCUUGAAUUUCAAAUCUCUGUUCCUUCCCUGUAUUAAUAUAUGUUACUGCAUUUCUUCUAUCAUUCUAUGCAAGUUAUGUUUAUUGUAAUCCUUCACUUUUUUUGUGAGACAACUUUCAUUUUUAUUACAUCUCAAGUGCUAUCAAUCACUUGAUGUGUUGUAAGUUUCUUUAUAUGUAUGCACUGCCAUUUCUAAAAUAUAUGGUGUAUCAAGGUA